GCAUUAGGGUGCAACCCUGAUGCCUCAGCUUGGGAAGAGGUGCAAAACGAGAACAUUAUUCGUAUUGUUCUCGGACGCAGUUCUUGCUUCUGGCAAGGAUCGCCGGAUCGGCAAAUCAUAUGUCCUGAUUCAGUUCACUUGCCGAGAACCUGACGCGCCAAUUUCAUCUCCUUGUUUCAAUCCAUCUGCCGUGCGACCCUGGAUUGAGCGCGCUCCUCACCGCUCCCCGUUCUCUUUUCGUAUUAAACGGAUGCCAACACCGAGGUGAUACACAGCUAGACUCGAAGCAAGCGCCGUGAACGCGCGGAAAUCAACCAGCUUCCUCUCCAUUCGCCAGUCGGCUGUCACUGCGCCAAGCAAGUGACUUUGCAUGGAGGCUAUGUCGUCACUACAGCAGGCUUUGCCGCCUCUCAAAAUCUACCUCAGCCGCGACGAAUUCCAGACCCAGGGCGUGACACCAUGGUUUUCCUAUUGUGUCACUCUGCCCCAACAUCCGCUCCCUAGCCUGUCAGAGCGAUCACAGAUCAAGACACAGCGUCUUGUGGUCCGCCCGUUGACUGAGGACGACUUGCACGACUUCCACGAACUACGCCGCCUGCCGGAUCUGCAAUCCUUGUCACAGCACCGUGGCCGUCCAGACAAAGACGAGGAGGAGACGAAACAAUACACCGAUCAUCUACAACAAGAUGAGGACACCCAUUGGUACUUUGGCGCCUUUCUCCAAUCAACAAAUGAGCUGAUCGGCGAGGGCGGCAUGCCCGACUGCCUCCACAUGACCACCUCAGCGUCUGGCUGGCCCGAAGCUGAGUUUCUCAUCAAGCCAGAAUAUUGGCGACAAGGAUACGGCACAGAGUUCUUCAACGCCGUGAUGGAUUCAUGGUGGAAGUUGCCGCGUCAACGGAAGAGACUGCAGCUCCUCCCCGCCAUUGCGCCCAACAAGGAGCCCGGCGAUGAGAUGUUGGAGGGCGUCGUGUUUCGAUGGGAAGAGCCUAAUGACGCUGCGCGAGAGUUUUUUGCCAAGGUCCUGGAACAGGCGCCCAUCUAUGCGGAAGGCGCCUAUGAGAGUAUUGAUGUUCGAGAAGGCAGAGAGGGAAAUCUUGUACAGUUUACUGGAUCGUUGGCUACGCAUCCCAGGCUUCAGGACUGUAUCAUUGAGGAGUGAGGAAGGAUUAUGUAUUUGAGUUCCUGCUCUACUAUUUGCGCUAUAACUAGAGGGUUUAUUUUUGGUUAACGUCUGGUUUUUUGGUGCUUGUUAGUGUCGAUGGCGGCGUAUUUACUCCAUUUUAGUAUAAAAUGUUACACAAGCUCGUCACCUGAAUGUUGGUCGAGCUACACUAGG